GUUCCAAAGGGGAGGAUGGCAACAGGAGGAGUAGUGCAGCGAUGUUUUAACAAGGAUACAAAACCACUACAAUAUCACAGGAGUGAAACAUCUUUAUACCGGAUGUUACGCACCUCUAUUGCGCAUGCUCACGUCAUCGACAUAGCCAAGCACGUGAAGUCCGUCGGUGUGGAAAGAGCUAUGUCUAAAUCAAAACAAAAACGAGCGAAACGCCUUGGUUUUCUUGGAAAGUGUAAGAAUAAAGAUGGAAGAAAGGCGGAUGCUUCGGGCCAGACAACGAAUAAAGAGCAGCAAUCUGCACAGCAAGCCAAGGACAAAAAGCCAGAAGAAGUCAGGAAGCAACGGCUUCAAGCGUUCCAAGAAAGGCAGAAAAUUUCCAGAGAACAACAGCUUUUGAAGAGGAGGAAUUUACAGAGCUUUCAAAAUGACAUCCUGCAGAGGCAGAGAGAGUUUGAGCAGAGGGAAACGGCGAUGCAGGGUUUGGAAAAACAUGUGAACUUUGAAAAUGAGAAUUCAAGAAAAGCAUAUUAUCGAGAAUUUAAAAAGGUAGUGGAGGCUGCAGAUGUGAUUCUGGAGGUUUUGGAUGCACGCGAUCCUCUAGGGUGCAGAUGUCCUCAGGUUGAGCAGGCAGUCAUUCAAAGUGGAACAAACAAAAAGAUUGUGUUGGUGCUCAAUAAAAUCGAUUUGGUGUCAAAGGAAAUCGUGGAGAAGUGGAUCAAGUAUCUGCGGAAUGAGUUUCCCACCGUGGCUUUCAAAGCGUCUACUCAACAACAGUCCAAAAAUUUGAAACGCAGUAAUGUCCCCGUGACUCAAGCCCCCACAGAGCUUCUCAGCAGCAGCGCUUGUGUUGGAGCAGAUUGCUUGAUGAAGUUACUCGGUAAUUACUGCCGCAACCUGGACAUAAAGACGACCAUCACCGUAGGCGUUGUAGGGUUUCCUAAUGUGGGAAAGAGCAGUUUGAUCAACAGUCUAAAACGUGCAAGAGCGUGUAGUGUCGGUGCAACUCCCGGUGUCACCAAGUGCCUUCAAGAGGUGCAUUUGGACAAGCACAUCAAGCUUCUUGAUUGUCCUGGAAUUGUCAUGGCAACGUCAACAACCGACGCAGCUAUGAUUCUACGUAAUUGUGUCAAAAUCGAGCAGCUUGUUGAUCCACUUCCUCCAGUUGAAGCCAUCUUGCGACGCUGCAACAAGGCACAGAUCGUUGAACACUACGGCGUCCCCGACUUUAAUACAGCUCCGGAGUUCUUGGCGUUGCUGGCACGACGUCAGGGCAAGCUGAGAAAGGGAGGGCUGCCUGACACUGACAAAGCAGCGAAGAGCGUGUUAAUGGACUGGACGGGGGGAAGGAUCAGUUACUUCACACACCCUCCUGAGACACAUACUCUUCCUACGCACGUCAGCGCCGAGAUUGUGACGGAGAUGGGUAAAGCUUUUGACUGGGAUGAACUUGAAAAAGGCAAUCAGGAGGUUCUCGCAGAUUCAUCUUGUGCUGAUAUUCCAAUGGCAUUUUGCAUUGAGACCACUGGAAUGACGUAUGGCGACCAGACUCAAGCGCCCUCUUACCAGGAAAUGGAAGGCGAGGAGCCCGAAUUGAAAGACGAAGCUGAAUCUAUGGAGGAUGGUCAGGAUCCUGAGUUUGGACCAAUGACAGUGGCAAUCAAAUCUCAGAAGUCAAAGAGUGAUUUGCGGGAAAGUGAUCCUGCACCCAAGGCUCCAGAUUUGAAGGAUAUAGUGAAAGUGGAUCCAUUACAGCAAGGCCAGGCCCUGGUGGCUGCCAACAAGAAGAGGAAGAAGCAACAAAAAAGAGCUGACAAACUUGCUACCAAACUCUCAGACACUUUGACAUCUGCAAUGGAUUUUUCAUUUUGUGACAGUUGAUUAAAGAAAUAAUUAAAGAUUG